AUCUGAAGAAAGUGGGAAACAAAUGAUGUUUAAACUGAUCAACAUGCUGCGCUGAUAGAGGUUUUGACCCUUUGUAUUCUGCACUGCAUUGCUGUGCUGUAGCUUUUAGACUGAACCUCCUCAGCCUCAGUUAGUGACUGUCAUCAUGGAGGAAAAGCAGACUACUGUAGCCGAGUGAAGAGGACAAAACGCUGCACCCCCAUCUUUGUUUCGCCUGUUAUUAUUUGAAAUCGGUCAUCGCUCCACGGAAACAGCAACUAAGACACCUGAGGGGUGACAGCGGACAAGAUGAAGCAUUUUCUGAGAGUGGUGACCCAGUUCUUCGUGUUCCUCUACUGUAAGUGUCUGUGGCGGGGCCUGAAGUUUGUUGCCAGAAAGUUUACAGGGCGCUGCGAGCUGCAGCGAAUCUGCUACAACAACAAGCAUGGAGCCCGCAGGACCCUCAAGAUAGAGUCAUCUCUGAGGUACUCCAAGAACGAGCUGCUGCAGUCUGCCCUCAGCGUCCAUCCUGAUAAAGUGGAGAAAACCAUUGACGACAUCAUGGCCUUGAAGAAGAUUAACCCCGACACCAACCCACAGCUGGGUAUCUCUCUUCAGGCCAGCCUGCUGCAGAUUGUGGGCUACAGGAGCCUGGUAGCGGAGGUGGAGAAGCUGCGUAGGGAGCCUUACGACAGUGAAAACCCAGAGCACGAGGACAUGCUGAUGAAGCUAUGGAAGGAGCUGCGUCCUGACACACCUCUCACCGGCCGCAUCUCUAAACAGUGGUGUGAGAUUGGUUUCCAAGGCAGCGAUCCCAAGACUGAUUUCAGAGGCAUGGGCCUACUGGGCCUGCACAACCUGCUGUAUUUCGCAGAACAUGACAAGGCUACUGCUCUGCAGAUGCUCCACGACUCCCUGCAACCAAAGCACAAGAGUACGCACAGAAAGCCAAGUGAGAUAAACAAACCUGAAUGGGAACAGAAGAACCUAGACAAGGCUAUUGGCUACUCUUUUGCCAUUGUGGGCAUCAACAUCACAGACCUGGCCUACUCUCUGCUGGUGAGUGGAGCUCUGAAGACCCACCUGUACAACGUGGCCCCAGAGAUGCCCAGCCUGCUGCACUUCCAGCAGACCUUCUGUUACUUGAUGCAGGAGUUUCAUCGUUUCUGGAUCGAGGAGGAUCCCAGCGACAUCAUGGAGUUCAACCGGGUUCGCUCCAAGUUCCACCGGAGGAUCCUGCGGCAGUUGAAGAACCCGGACAUGGCUCUGUGCCCCCACUUCUCCGCCUCCGACCUCCACCUGGUCAACCUCUAAACACACACCCCUGACCUAUGACCCCCCCCACCGCCCUCACUGAAACCAUAGAGGUCUCCCCUGGAUGUCUGGUAGGCCAAGUAAAAAUCAGAAAUCAGAAAACCCUUUACCCUCAAAUAGAUGGUUCCUCAAACUGCUGGACACAUCUGGGGAGACUCUCUUCCUUCUCUGCUCAGCCCACCUGGUCCCAGCUAACGUCAUGUCGCGUCACUGCCAAAAGCUCACUCAACCACUGCACACACACACACACACGCAUAUGUACACACACACUGCCUCUAUACCCUCACUGCAGCGUUAGACCACCAGCAUCAGAGAUGACCAUAGCGAUUGUAGCUGUGCAUGAGGAGGCUGCACCACACCAUCACAGACUCAUCAUUAUCUGUUGCUUUAAUGAUUCAUGACGAUUGUAUCACAGCCGUUACACCUCAGUUAUGGACCCUAUGCUUAUUCUCAUAACAAACCAAAUUUACUUUCUUAGCCAAAAAUCCGUUUUAGAUUGCAAAGUAGUGAUCAUCAGUUCUGAAUAUUUUGGCAAAAAAACUGGUCGGGCUUUCAGAUAUGAAUUACGAUGUGUCAAAUACAAUAUUUUUUAUUCAAAAUGAAGAGCUAUAGAUAUAUAAUGUAAGUUUAAAUGAUUUGUUGAAGCAUAAAAGAAAUGUUGCUGGCGCUGAUUGAAUCAAAAGCUAAAGAAUAUAGGGCCAGUUCAUCUCUUACAGUAACUUUGUCUGUAUUAGGUAAUUGAUAUAGAUUGUACUGUACUUUUUAUGUCAACAUGACAUUAACACCUAAGACUUCUCCUUGCCAAAAUAUCGAAUGUGGAGAACAAUCACAGCAGCAGUUUGUUUCUUGUGAGCUCAAGUGUAAUUUUUGUAAACCUGCUAAAUGAUGUUCAUAAAUAUUUUGUUACACAUAUUGAAUUUGUAGCAUUAGGUGGCACUGUUCCCAGUUUGGAUACUAAAAGACCUCCUUCUCUUGCGAUUGAUAUUAUUUUGACAACUUUUUUUAUUUCCUCAUACAUAUUUACAUCCAGAAAAAUAAUUUUAUAAUAUUUGAUGAACAUUUUCUUGCAGGUUUGCAAAUGUUUUUGCCUUUGAUUUGACCCCAUACAGAGAUUCUGUUAUGAAUGUUCCUCAAACACCCACAUUCAUGAUUGUUUGAUUCUAUUUUAAUUCAUUGAAUGUCCACUGUAGUAUCAGCCAAAGCAAUAAUUUACAUUAAUUUCAAUGCACACUUCCUUAAAUGUAUUGAUUUGCACCAUGCGUGCCUAAGUAUUUGUUUGUUUCUAACUCAGAGCUGAAAUGCUAAUCAAUGUAUAGCUGCUACGUGUAGCAUUUAACAGGGGUAAAAUAUUACCACGUUAAUUUUAAGACAUUAAUUAGACACUGGGGACCGGGGGAUGUGACAGGAAGCAGUGGGUUUCAUGGAGAAUGUAGUCUUAAUGUUCUUGAGCAUGAAUGUGGUCUUACCUAAAAAUGCUACACAUAGCAGCUUUAAGAAGCAUUUCAUCUCUUCCAAAAUCAACAACCAGAGAAAUAAGACAUUUAAAUGUAGAGUUGCUCCAUAGAGAAUGAAUUAGGUGAUUAAUAGUAAUACAGUAGAGAGAUGACAGUGACAAUUUAAAAUGCUAAAGAUGGAGGUGUUGACCGGCCAGUCAACGCACCAGCUGCAGAGCUGUCACUGUCACUGCUCCAUACUGCAUGCAUAUUUCUUUUAUAUGUUUUACAUUAGAGCUCCCCUGACUGGUGACUAAAAGCACCAUUAUUUAAUUUCUUUAUUUUACCUUUAUUUUACCCAGAAAGCCCCACUGAGAUUAGAAAUUUCUUUUUCAGGAGUGUCCUGACCAAGACAGGCACUAUCACUGGUUAAAAGAGUGAUUUUUUUAUUUGAACCAUUUUCAGAAGUGAAAUGGUUGAGUAUUUCACAAGAUAAAAAGCAAAGAUUAGAGGAAAUUCUGGUACAAUGUGGUGCAGCAGAAAUCACUUUUUCCUGUUUUCCUUUCUUGCCCCUUGGAUAUGUCUUGCGACUCCUUUUGGGUGUCCCCGACCCCCAGGUGGGAACCACUGCAGUAGAUUACUCUCCAUUCAAAAAGAUAGGACACCAAAACAAAAACAACCCAUCCAGUUCAUUGUCUAUGGAGCAUCAGUUUGAUUGUUAUCUCAGCUCUGAGUCAUACUUUAACAUUUCACUGACAGAUAAAUCAACAGAAGCCCAAAUCUGACACACGUGUGCUUCUUCACGAGUGUUGCUUCACUUGAACAUGUGACCACUGUAUUUAAUAUUCAUAAAUAUUCACAUCGUGUGUGAUGCUGACAGCUCUGACAAAUGUUCUCAUCACAAAACUGAAAAUGUAUGAUAUUAUUUUACCUCCAUGCUUGCACCGUUGAUUGUGUUUUAAUAGUAUUGAAUAUCUUUGUACCAUUGAAGUGAACGUUGAUGCUUUUUGUCAGUAUUAUGCAGCUUACUUCAGUGAAUGUCAGUGCUGGUUUCAUCUCCUGCUUGCAUUUUGUUUUGCUUUGCUAUGGUCAGCUUUGCACUAUUGUAAAAAUAUAAAAUGCCGUUUCCUAUAUGAUGAUAAAUCAGUAAUUUGUGGUAUUAGGAGUAUAAGGUCCGACGAUACUGUAGAUGACGUUAAGUACAUGCUGCUGUAUAUUCUGCUUUGAAACCGCAAAUAAGAAAACACAAUCUGCAUGAUAAUAUUUUCACUGUCACUGAUAUGGCAUUCUGUAUUCUUCAGUAAAGCCUAAAGUACCUUUAGAUAUUGUAAUUGUGUGCUUCAUUUGUCUGUGCUGUACUUUUUGAGACCACAAUAAAAACUAAAUGUCAGUUAAAAUUA